GGCGUGCAACAGUUGUGAACCAACUACCAAGUGAAUUCGCGAACUCCAAACGUUUAGUGAUAAUAUUAAAAUUUCAUUACCAAUUAUAUGAAUAAUAUAUAAUUAUACAGACAAGGAUCGCAAAAUAUAUUACGUAACUUUCUUUAGUCGUGUACUAGCGACCGAAACUUGAGAAUGAAAUUAUUUGUACUACUGCUGGCACUAGCGGCCACUGGUGCGCAUGCUGAUGUCUCACACUUGAGUAGCGACUUGCAGGAGGAUGGUUAUCAUUAUAAGCAGCCUUCGGUGCCUUUUCCAGCACCACCUUCGGGCAAUGGCAUAGAUGAUGUACAAUAUCAACCAAGACCACAGCCACAGCCGCAGCCACGUCCACAGCCGCAACCACAACCAAGGCCACAACCUUCAUAUCCAGCUCCCUCGCAGCCAUCGUAUCCAGCGCCAGGCCCACAGCAACAGCCGCAACCACAUCCUUCGUAUCCAGCGCCACGCCCACAACCUCAACCACAGCCAUCAUAUCCAGCACCACGUCCACAGCCACAACCACAACCAAGACCACAACCUUCAUAUCCCGCUCCUUCGCAGCCACAACCUCGGCCUCAACCUUCAUAUCCAGCACCCUCACAGCCAACACAGCCAGCACCUCGUCCACAACCUCAACCGGGUCGUCCAGCGCCAUCACCACAGCCAGGACCGGAAUAUUUGCCUCCCGACCAACCACAGCAGCCAAGACCUCGUCCUCAACCACAGCCACGCCCACAACCUCAACCUCAGCCCUCAUAUCCUGCCCCAAGGCCUCAACCUCAACCCCAACCUCAACCUCAGCCACAACCACAGCCGUCAUAUCCUGCUCCACGUCCUCAACCUCAGCCUCAGCCACGACCACAGCCACAACCGCGUCCACAACAGCCAGGUCAGCCAAAACCUGGUCCUGAGUAUAUACCCCCAGCAGGGCCAACUACUGGUCCAACUUAUCAACCACGACCCCAACAACCCACUCCUGGACCAACUUAUCAACCACGACCACAACAACCCACUCCCGGUCCAACAUAUCAACCACGACCACAACAACCCACUCCCGGACCAACUUAUCAACCACGACCACAACAACCUACUCCUGGUCCAACUUAUCAACCACGGCCACAGCAACCCACUCCGGGACCAACAUACCAGCCACGUCCACAACCACAGCCAAAACCAUCACAGCCUGCCAAACCUGGUCCAGAAUAUUUGCCACCACCUGGUGAAAAUGAAGUAGGCCCAAAACAACCGGCGCCUCGUCCACAACCACAACCUCGUCCGUCGCAACCUAGUCAACCGGCACCUCGACCAAGCUAUCCAGCUCCAAAACCUUCAUACCCUGCUCCUCAGCCUAGUUAUCCAGGAGGUCCCAGCGGUCCAGGAGGUCCACAAGGUCCAGGUGGACCAGGCGGACCAAGUGGUCCCGGAGGUCCAGGCGGUUCAUAUGGUCCAGGUGGUCCAAGUGGCCCACAAGGCCCAGGUGGUCCAGGAGGUCCAAGCGGUCCACAAGGCCCAGGUGGUCCAGGCGGUUCAUAUGGUCCAGGUGGUCCCAGCGGUCCAGGAGGUCCACAAGGCCCAGGAGGACCAUGUGGUCCUAGCGGUUCAGGUGGUCCACAAGGUGCAGGAGGUUCAUAUGGUCCAGGAGGUGCAUGUGGUCCCAGCGGUCCAGGUGGUCCACAAGGCCCUGGUGGUCCAGGCGGUUCAUAUGGUCCAGGUGGUCCCAGCGGUCCAGGAGGUCCAGGUGGUUCAUAUGGCCCAGGUGGUCCUAGCGGCCCAGGAGGUCCACAAGGCCCAGGUAGUCCAGGAGGCUCAAGUGGUUCAUAUGGUCCAGGUAGUCCCAGCGGUCCAGGAGGUCCACAAGGCCCAGGUGGACCAGGCGGUCCAGGAGGCCCAGGCGGUUCAUAUGGUCCAGGAGGACCAGGUGGCCCAAGCGGUCCAGGUGGACCAGGCGGUUCAUAUGGUCCAGGUGGUCCACAAGGCCCAGGUGGACCAAGUGGUCCCAGCGGUCCAAGUGGUCCACAAGGCCCAGGCGGUUCAUAUGGUCCAGGAGGACCAGGUGGCCCAAGCGGUCCAGGUGGACCAGGCGGCCCUGGUGGACCAACAGGACCCAGCGGUCCCGAGGCGGGUUCUCUCGGACCUGAUGGUUAUAACUACAACAAACCAUCUAGACCCUUCUCAUAUUAAAUUAUUGUACUCAACACAUGAAACUCGCCCAUUUAGUAUUAUAAACAACCACGAAAUUUUUAUGAAGAAUUUAAUAAUAAAAAAAACAAUAAAAACUAAAAUUAAUGUA